AUGACGCUACACAUCACUGAGACUGUCCGAGUCACCCCAGCAGCUGACUCAAACUCUGUCCUCUCAAUCCCUUUAACUUUCUUUGACCUACCUUGGCUACUAUUCCAACCUGUUAAACGUGUCUUCUUCUACAAACUCAAAGAGUCGACUCGUGAGCAUUUCAACUCCAUUAUCCUCCCUAAGCUUAAGCUCUCUCUCUCCCUUGUCCUUUGCAACUACGUCCCUCUCACUGGCCACAUCACAUGGAACAUAAACGAACCCAAACCAAGCAUCGUGGUCGGUCCAAACGACGCUGUUUUGGUUACUAUAGCCGAGAGUGAAGCCGACUUUUCAAAUCUUUCAGGCUUUGGACAACGUCCUGUCUCUGAGUUACAUGCCUUGCUUCCCAAGUUACCAGUUACGGAUGACUCAGCCACAGCCUUCUCCAUACAAAUCACAUUGUUCCCGAACCAAGGUUUCUCCAUCGGCGUUGCAGCACACCACGCCGUUUUAGACGGGAAAACGUCAAGCACGUUCAUCAAAACUUGGGCUCAUAUCACCAAACAACAACUUGAGAACGUCCCGGAGAGUCUAGUUCCAUCUUAUGACAGGUCGUUGAUCAAAGAUCCCACAGGACUCGAUGAAAAGAUGAUAGAGAUGGUGAGAUCUCUCAAACAAGAUAAAACCAAAGUUGUCUUAAGCUUGAUUCCAUUUCCCGCAAAAGAACUUGGAGAUGACGUUGUCUUGGCCACGCUCGUGCUCUCUAAGGAUAACAUCGAGAGACUUAAAGAACGAGUCAAGAACUUGUCUACUUUUGUCAUUGCGUACGCUUACACGUGGACAUGCUACGUGAAGGCACGUGGAGGAGAUGGAGAGAGAUCAGUGAGUUUACUCUUCGUAGGAGAUUUUAGAGAACGUUUGGAUCCGAAGCUUCCGACAACUUACUUCGGAAACUGCAUGUUUCCGGUGGGUUGUUAUAACCGUAAGGCGUCGGAGUUUAUGGUAGAGAAAGGGUUUGUUACGGCGGUUGAGAUACUUAGUGAUUUGGUCAAAGGGUUGACUUCAAGAAAGGUAGAGACUAUAGCGGACUCCUUUGUGGAAGCAUUUGGUUAUCAGAGUUGGAGUACACAGUUUGUGACCGUAGCCGGGUCAACCCGGUUGGGAGUAUACGAGGCGGAUUUCGGGUGGGGAAGACCCGUUAAGGUUGAUAUUGCCUCUAUUGACCAAGGUGCGAUAUCGAUGGCAGAGCGACGUGAUGAAACGGGUGGCGUGGAGAUUGGAAUGUGUCUGAAAAAGACAGAAAUGAACAUGGUCGUGUCUUUUUUCAACAUUGGUUUACAAAGCUAA